GUGGGCCUUAGUCGGAGGUGUCAAGGUCGAGUGUGUCGGUCGAGUGUGUCGAUUACGAAAUUCGCCAUAUUUUGUGUUUCGCACUCGAUGCCUCAUUUGACGGUCAACACCAGACAGAACCGUGAUGAAGCGUAAUGGCAGCCCAAAGAAGAUGCAGAGGACAGAACAGAUGUGUCAUAUAUCCAAACCUAACAACCUAAGUAUGGACAUUGCAAUUUGUGCAGGCAACUCGGAUGUUCACAAUGGUCCAGCUCAUUAUUAUGAGGACAUUGCCCCAAGUUCAAACAUUGGCAACUCUGAUGUUCACAAUGGUCCAGCCCAUUAUUAUGAGGACAUUGCCGCGAGUUCAAACAUUGGCAACUCUGAUGUUCACAAUGGUCCAGCCCAUUAUUAUGAGGACAUUGCCCCGAGUUCAAACAUUGGCAACUCUGAUGUUCACAAUGGUCCAGCCCAUUAUUAUGAGGACAUUGCCGCGAGUUCAAACAAAUGGCAACUCUGAUGUUCACAAUGGUCCAGCUCAUUAUUAUGUGGACAUUGCCCCGAGUUCAAACAUUGGAGUUAAGCACCAUCCAAGGAAGUGACAAAGAACACCUUGAAGCCAAACCCCAGCUGUGGAAACUGGUAUACAGAAGUGCUUCAGGUUACAGAAACGCCAUUCCAAGUUGGAUUAAGAGACUGUUAUCAAGCAAAACAAAUGUUUACAUAGAAGGUCUUUGACAGUGGUAAACAGGAUUGACAGCUACAGCAACGCUGAAUUAUUAUCACCAGUGUUGUGGUUUGUGUCAUGGUUUUGUUAAAGUAAGGAAUCAGUCUUUAUGUGAAGUGUCUAGGCCGCAUAUUUCAAAAUUCAGCUUUUGAGAUUUUUGUGUAGCAAACACCAUAUCUUACAACACAGAUGUAUAACUCUAAGUAUUGAUCAUGAAACAUAUGUGAAUAUAUAGAAAGAGUAGUCAAAUAAAAUGACAUCAUCUAAUCAUUUUUAUUUUGGGUGUGUAAUGUGAAAAUGGCAUGUACUUAAAUAAAUGAACAUAUUUUUAAAAUAGGCAUUUUUAAUCAUAUGUCAACUAAAUAAUAAUAAUGUAUCGUUUAUUUGACCAAGGUGUAAUGUAGUUGAAAUUUCUUUUUUUAUAUUUUUAUAUGCAAUUAUCUACACUAGUCACUGUAAUAUUUGGUUUGAUGAAUUACAUGUAUCAUGAUGUAGAAAUAAAGGAUAAAUGUUUGUUUUUUCAGUUCACUUUUGUAAAAAAAUCAACGAGUAAGCACCAAAGUUAUAUUUCACAAGUGUAAUUUUCAUUUUUGUGUCGCCUGAAAAGACGACAUAUAGGGGUUACUUUUGUCGGCGGCGGCGUUCGCGUCCCAUUUUCGCUUGUCCGGGGUAUAUCUCCUAAACUAUUAGUGGUAUCAACUUGAAACUUCAUAUGUACAUAGAUCUAAUUGAGGGCAAGUGCAGAGCACAAGAACUGUUACUCUUGCUUCCAUAUUUUUAGAGUUUUGCCCUUUGUUAUUUUUCAUGCUUAAACUUUUGUCCGGGGCAUAUCUUGUAGAAUAUAAGAGUUAUCAACUUGAAACUUCAUAUGUAGAUAGAUCUCAUGGAGGGCAAGUGCAGUGCACAAUAACAGUAACUCUUGCUUUCUUAGUUUUAAAGUUAUUGCCCUUUGUUAAUUUUCAUGCUUAAAGUUUUGUCCGGGGCAUAUCUUGAAGAAUAUAAGAGGUAUCAACUUGAAACUUCAUAGCUAGAUAUAUCUCAUUGAGGGCAAGUGCAGUGCACAAGAACUGUUACUCUUGCUUCCAUAUUUUUAGAGUUUUGCCCUUUGUUAUUUUUCAUGCUUAAAGUUUUGUCCGGGGCAUAUCUUGUAGAAUAUAAGAGUUAUCAACUUGAAACAUCAUAUGUAUAUAGAUCUCAUGGAGGGCAAGUGCAGUGCACAAUAACAGUAACUCUUGCUUUCUUAGUUUUAAAAUUAUUGCCCUUUGUUAAUUUUCAUGCUUAAAGUUUUGUCCAGGCCAUAUCUUGAAGAAUAUAAGAGGUAUCAACUUGAAACUUCAUAGCUAGACAGAUCUCAUUGAGGGCAAGUGCAGUGCACAAUAACAGUAACUCUUGCUUUCUUAGUUUUAAAAUUAUUGCCCUUUGUUAAUUGUCAUGCUUUAAGUUUUGUCCGGGCCAUAUCUUGAAGAAUAUAAGAGGUAUCAACUUGAAACUUCAUAGCUAGGUAUAUCUCAUUGAGGGCAAAUGCAGUGCACAAGAACCGUUACUCUUGCUGCCAUAUUUUUAGAGUUAUUGCCCUUUGUUAAUUUUCUUGCUUAGGUUUUGUCCGUGGCAUAUCUCGUAAACUAUAGGAGAUUUCAACCUGAAACUUAUUCCGUAGGUAUAUCUGAUUGAGGGUUCAAAUGCCACCUACACUUGAAAGUUAAAUGGCAACAUCAUUGUCUAUAAAUGAAUAAAAUGCCAAUCUAACAGCUAUAAUGUCGACAGUAAAUAAUUCGUCAGGCGACACAUCCGACUUGCGGAGUUCUAGUUGGUGUUCACAAUUGUGAAAUAUAUUGUGUUUCAAAACUAAAACAACUUUUUUUAGUAUAUGCCUAAAAUUGGUAUAUUGAGACAUUUAAUUGCAUUAUAUUUCCACGAAACGCCAUUGAUUUUGUGUCACAGCCCUGUGUGCUCUGAAUUUUGUUUUGGAUAGCAGAGCAGGCUAUAAUUUCAAAUCAGUAAAAAAAUAUCGAAUUGAUAUUUUUACUGUUUCAAACAAUCAAUUUCUUUCUCACUGAUAUAUCCCUAAAAACCACUUGAAAGCAUAUAUACUAAACAUCUUUAAUCUCUUUAAGUGUAAAAUUAUAAACUUUUAUAUACCUUUUAAUAUUGUGUUAAACACGAAGAAGUGAUACAUUUUUUAGACUGUAUAUUCUAAAAUAACUAGUGUAUUUUGAAAGAAAAUUGUGCAAAAUAACAACAAAAAUGGUACCUGCACUAUCCAUUUAUGUAAUGGCAAAAUAUUUGUUUAUUAAUAUGGUCAUAUGCAACCUUACAUGAAUAUUCUCAUAAUA